AUGAAUGCAGAGAUCCUGGCGCCUCUCACCUCCCUGGAGGCCCGGCUGAACGCCCUGCUCGCCUCCAUCACGUCGACUCCUACGGCAUCUGGAGCUCCGGCAGCAGCAGUCUCACUCCUCGAAGCGGACGACGCGCUCACCAGCGCGCUGCAGACUCUGAGAACACACCAGGAAAACUACUCAAAGAUCCUUCGGCUGCGUGCUGAAGCCCUCAGCCUGGAGGAGCGGGUACGGGAGACCGUUCGGCAGGUCGGGGAGCUAGGAGACGAGAUCUCUGCGGCUGCGGGAGACGACGACGACGACUCGGACGAGGACAGCGACGAUGAGGCCGGGGGUGAUAUUGAAAUGAGCGAGAAGGGCAAAGAUGCGACACGGAAGAAUGAAGUGGACUACAGAUUGCUACUUGGAUUUGCCAGGCGGAUAAGCAAGUACAACAACGAAGCUGCUGCUGAUGCCUCCAGCGCAAGGGUGCUGUCAAAGGAGCCAACGGGCGGCGACACGGCAGCAGAUACAAAUGGCGAGGUAGCAAAGGAAGACGGAAUAGCUUCAGGCCACGGGCAGACAACCGGUGUUGGUAUUGCUGCCUUGCCUCAGGACACCGUCUCCUGGCUGGAUGAGACCGCCAACUGGACACGGCUCAUGUCUGCACUCCCGUACCCUAGCGAGGACCGCAUCCGUAUGGGCCUUAUGGCCCAUCUCCAUGCUACUGCCGCCGCAGAAGGGAAGGAUGUUGAAAAGGAGGUUGAGCAUAUCCUGAAGGCUGCAACGCAGAAAGAUAUAUCAAAACAGGAGACUCAACCGGCGGGACAAGGAGAUCAACCGCAACCUGAUUCAGAUCCAGGUGCCGGCCACCCUGCAGGCUCAGGGACUGCAGCUAUCAACCACCAAGCUGGGAACAGUGCCAGCCAUACCGCAGAACCACCAAAGGUCAAGCCGAAGCUCGACCUCGAUCUCUAUGACCCGGACGACGACGACAUGUGA